AUGGCCGACCGCAACCUCCAACAGAUCAUCACCACCCUCCGCCAAAAGGGCUCCUCCCUCCCCUUCGCCGAAUCUUCCGCCCUUCUCUCAAAGGCAAAGCUCCAACUCCUCCAGCUUAACGCCCUGACCCCCUCCGCCAAAUCUUCCUCCGACCUCCUCGCCCUAGCCCGCGAGACGUACGAGCUCGGCGCCCUCGCCUCCAUCCGCGCAAAGAACCCCGACGCCUUCACCCGCUACGUCCAGCAGCUCCAGCCUUUCUACGAGCUGCCCUCAAACCUCCUCCAGCCCAACCCUCCCGAGCAGAACAAGGUCACCGGCCUCUACCUCCUCCUUCUCCUCACCCAAGGUCGCUACGCCGAGUUCCACUCAGAGCUCGAGAGCCUGGCCAACCGCGAGGGCGGCGGCGACAGCAGCGCCGUUGAGGGUGACAGGUACCUCGGAUACCCCAUCCGUCUCGAGAGAUGGUUGAUGGAGGGAAGCUACGACCGCGUCUGGAACGCCCUCAAGAGCCGCGACGUGCCAAGCGAGGAGUACGCCGUCUUCUCAGAGAUUCUCACCUUCCAAAUCCGCUCCGAAAUCGCCUCAAGCAGCGAGCGCGCCUACCCCAGCCUGCCCAUCAGCUCCGCAAAGUCUCUUCUCUUCCUCGACUCCGAGGGCGAUGUCAUCUCCUUCGCCCAGCAGCGCGGCUGGAUCCUCAAGGACGGCCAGAUCCGGUUCCCCGACACGGCUGAGGCCACCGCCGCCGAGGACGGCACCCACGACAAGGAGAUGAGCCAGAUGGUGAUAGAGAACACGUUGGGUUACGCCAGGGAACUCGAGACCAUUGUGUAG